UGACGCACCAAAUUUGCCCAACCAAUAUGAAUGCUGGACGACGAGCACUAUGCUUAUUAACCGUCUUUCUCUCACUCGCUCCUCAUACCUCUGUUUCCACUCUCCUCCGUUUCCAGGUCAAGUUAUAUAGGUCAAGGUAUAUAUCGAAGUGUACAAGUAAAGUCAUGGGUCUUGACAAUUUUCCUUUAAUUUCCCAAAAAACGCAUGCCAAUUUUCGGUUGUGCAAUGUCUCCAGUUAUACUACAAAUUUGCUAGAAAUUCGUGCGGAAGAUCCUUCAUUGCAUGUCUUGUUCAUCCCUGGAAAUCCAGGGGUAAUUUCAUUUUACACUGAUUUUCUGGAAAAUUUGUAUGAGCUACUUGGAGGAACUGCAUCUAUAACAGCUGUUGGUCACAUAUCCCAGACAGAAAAGAACUGGGAGCACGGAAGGUUGUUCUCAUUGGAAGAACAAAUUGAUCAUAAGAUAGACUUCAUCAAACAUGAAUUACAAAACAGUGAAGUCCCUAUAAUACUGGUUGGGCACUCUAUUGGUUCAUAUAUAUCAAUUGAAAUGUUUAGGCGAUCUCCAGAAAAGGUGAUUUAUUGCAUUGGGCUAUAUCCCUUUUUGGCUGUAAACACAGAAUCUUCAAAACAGGCUACAAUUAAGAGGCUUGCAACGUCCCCAAUUUUGUCUGCUGCAGUCAGUUCUGUGGUAGGAUUGUUGGGGUUGCUACCAACCAGGGCUUCCAGGUUUCUUGUGACAAAAUCUGUUGGAAAAUCUUGGUCUACCACUGCUGUUGAUGCUCUAUGCACUCAUGUGCUGCAGUACCAUGUGAUACGUAAUGUACUCUUCUUGGCAAUGACAGAGUUCAAAAAGCUUUCAGAAACACCAGAUUGGACAUUCAUGAGAGGAAAGCAAAGCCGGAUAGCAUUUUUGUUUGGCGUUGGUGAUCAUUGGGGUCCAUUGCAAAUGUUUGAUGAGAUCUCCAAGAAUGUUCCCGAUGUUGCUCUUGCAAUUGAACGCGAGGGCCUUUCUCAUGCCUUCUCUUGCACUAAAGCUGGCUCGUUAUGGGUUGCUCAGCACGUAGCAAGCUUAAUCAAAAACUGGAAAACCAGUUCAAGCUAGUAAGAUUGAACUCAAGCCAAUCUUUGCAUUUUCCUCUGCAAAUCUAAGAUCCAAAACGUCCUAAAAGUGUGCAUAAUGUGGAUGUCUCUGGUUGCAACAUGAUGUGCUCUAAAUUACACCGCGAAAUUAUGAUCCAAGUCACCCAAUCACCUCAGACGGUGAGUUAUGACAGACUUAUUAAAGGUUUUUUUUUUUUUUUCAAUGACGGUCACAUUUCCAAAUUCUAUGAUAGGAGAAGUUACAACAAUGUUACACAGCGUUUAAAAAAAAUUAUUCGAAAAUUUAUUAUUAUUAUUUUUUUAAUUUGGACCAGAUUUAUUAUGAGUGUGAUUUACCUUAAAUUAAAUUUAAUUUACACUUCAAUUUUUAUU